AUGUUGGCUUGCAUUCCCUCCUUUCUCUCCCUCCUCUUCCUCGCAGGUUCAACCAGUGCGCAACUGUCCGGCUCGGUUGGCCCUCUCACAAGCUUUGCAACCAAAGCAAGCAACAAGGUCUGCGACAUAACCGACUACGGUGCGGUCGCAAACAGCACCGAAGACGUCGGUCCAGCCCUCGCCGCCGCAUGGGAUGACUGCAAAGAAGGCGGGCUGGUCUACGUGCCGCCGGGCACGUAUGCCAUGGCGACAUGGGUGAGCCUGACGCACGGCAACGCGUCGGCCGUCCAGCUCGACGGCACCAUCUACCGUGACGGUGAUGACGGCGGCCACAUGAUCUCCUUCCGCGACUGCACCGACUUCGAGUUUUUCAGCGGCAAUUCCCAGGGCGCGCUGCAGGGCUACGGAUACAAGCUGCUGCAGAACGGCGAGUACGGCGCGCGGUUCCUGCGGUUCACCGACGUGAGCAAUUUCUCUGUGCACGGCUUUGCCAUGGUCGACUCGGCGAGCUACUACUCGGUGUUCGACUCGUGCUCGAAUGGCGAGAUUUACAACAUCAUCAUUCGCGGCAUCCAGAUCGGCGCUACCGACGGCGUGGAUGUCUGGGGUGAGAACCUCUGGGUGCAUGAUGUGGAGGUGUCGAACGGAGAUGAGUGUGUCACGGUCAAGAGCCCCGCGAAGAACUUCUUGAUCGAGAGCAUCCAUUGCAAUCUCAGCGGCGGCACUGCCAUCGGAUCUCUCGGAACAAACACGAAUAUCUCAAACGUUCAUUACCGUAACCUGUACAUGAACCAGGCCGACGCUUGCUACCUCAAGUCCAAUGGUGGUAAUGGAACAGUGAGCGACAUCAUGUGGGAAAACGUACUGAUUCACGGAGGCGCGUAUGUGCUGGCUGUGAACGAAAACUGGGAGUCACGAGAUGAAGAUUCAGGCGAUGGAGUGCAGAUCAGCAACUUGACGUUCAAGGACUGGAAUGGAUUCAACACCGACAACUCUCGUCCUACCAUCCGCAUUGAAUGUGCUGACGAAGUGCCUUGCUACGACAUCACCCUUGACAACGUCAACCUCUGGACAGAGGAUGGUGACUACGUGACUUGGUCCUGCCAGAGCGCUUAUGGCGAGGGCGCGUGCUUGCAGGAUGCUGGAGACGACGUUGAGAACCUCGCAUCCUACUCCACUGCCCAGACGGUCACCCAAACUCCGUGA